ACCUACAUAAUUUAGUAUUAGUUUAUGAUAAUAUUUUCUUUUCGGUCAAAAAGCUCUUCAAACAUCGAAAAGUAAGAAACUCAAAACUCAUUUUCCUCUAAGUUUGAUAAUCAUUCGCAAUGAGAAAUCGCUACAUUUUUGCCGAUCUAUUCUUCACUCUGGCCUGUUUUUUCUCGAAAUCAGUUCAAGUUCAAAGUUGGAACCUCACUUUAGAAGCUAGUGGCGAGCAGUUUUUCGAUCAUUUCACUUUCAUAACAGAAGAUGACCCAACCCAUGGCUACGUGAAUUUCGUUGACUAUCCAACCGCUUUGGCUAAUGGCUACAUAAACACUUCUGAGAGUGGAGACACUUAUAUAGGAUGCGAUCACGAGCGAAUAGCUACUGGACGAGGUCGGGAUUCGAUCCGCAUUGAGACGGUUCGCGUGUUCAAUUCCGGACUGUUCAUUUUGUAUCUAUCACAUAUGCCUUUCGGAUGCGGAUCCUGGCCGGCGUUUUGGACGGUGGGACCAAACUGGCCUAACAGUGGUGAAAUCGAUGUGAUCGAAGGUGUGAAUCAGCAAAGCUAUGACGUCACUACUUUGCACACUGGAACUCAUUGCGACUUUGCCAAUACUACACGAAAUCUCACUGGUUUUGUGAUUUCUUCCAACUGCGAUGUUUACGACACGCCAGCUGGAUGCACGGUUGCAUCUGACAAUCCGAACGCAUAUGGCGGCAACUUCAACUCGGUCGGUGGAGGAGUCUACGCUGUCGAGUGGACUUCGGCUGGAAUCAAGUCGUGGUUUUGGAACGAAGGACACAUUCCGAGUGAUGUUCUCGGAAGCGACCCGAAACCCGACACCUGGAGUGUACCAUAUGCUGCUUUCCCGUUUGGAACUUUCUGCUCUCCGGAUAGUUUUCAAAACCAGAAGGUGGUGUUUGACUUGACCUUUUGCGGGGACUGGGCUGGUAUUGUUUUCUCUAAUGACUGUCCCGGUAAAGGCACAUGUAAUGACUACGUCAAGGAUAAUCCGGAAGCAUUCAAAGAAUCGUACUGGAAUAUUCACUGGUUGAAAGUUUUCAACUAGAACAAGAACUCUAAUUAAGUCAAUUGCUAGAUUUUCAUCACCAGUUCAUAAAAAAGUGAAAUUAAUCAUGCGCAAGUUUACUUUAACGUUUCCAACACUUUUAUUAAAAAAAUUACGUCGUUUUCAAGUUAACUUAUUUCCUUGAUGAAUGUGUUUUUUUCGCAGAAGUGUUUUUAGACUCGUGCCCUUGCUCAAGACUUUCCAGAAAAAUAUUAGUGAAUUGGCAAUGUAGUCUUUUAGUCUCCAGUUGCUUUAAUAAAUAUCGAUUAAAGUUCUUUUUUUGAAACUGCACUCGAAACAGAAUUGAUCACAUGACCCGCCUAAUUUUGCCCGUAGUGUUUCUGCUAUAAUUUAUGGAGUAAAUUUUUAUGUUUAAUG